UUAUGGCGGACCGGUUAGGUUAAAACGUGUCUAGUCUGAUUUAACUCUGUUACUCGUGAUUUCAUGCCCAAUUCAGCAGUGUCAGCUGAGUUUGGUAUGUUUUAACAAACCACGUUGUAUCGCUGCAAGCACGUGUUUGGUCACGAACGCGUAUCGGGCAAGCGCGCAUACAAGCACGCGCGCGCACGGUUCUUGCUCACAGACAACUAGGCACGAGACUCCCGCAGUUUAUACGAGAGGCAUCGGCGACAGGCGAGCCCAUGGAGUUCGAGGAGUCGGGUAUUGGAGAGGAGUGCGGAGUCUUUGGGUGUGUCGCUGCGGGAGAGUGGCCCACACAGCUGGAGGUGGCUCAGGUCUUAACUUUGGGGUUGGUGGCGUUACAGCACAGGGGGCAGGAAAGUGCUGGGAUUGUCACAAGUAAUGGAGCCAGUCCACCCACGUACACAGCACACAAGGGAAUGGGAUUAGUGAGCACCGCUUUUUCACCAGAGGCUCUCACUAAACUCCGCUAUGGUAACCUCGGCAUUUGCCACACACGCUAUUCAACCACUGGGAUUUCAGAGCUGCAGAACUGCCAGCCCUUUGUGGUGGAUACACUGCAUGGCAAGAUUGCUGUAGCACACAAUGGAGAGCUGGUUAAUGCCCAUGCCCUGCGGAAAAAGGUGAUGCGCCAUGGCGUCGGCCUCUCCACCAGCUCAGACAGCGAGCUCAUCACCCAGCUGCUGGCACUGACUCCUCCUAUGGAGGAGCUAGACUCACCUGACUGGGUUGCCAGAAUUAAAAACCUCAUGACUGAAACGCCAACAUCAUACUCACUGCUGGUCAUGUUCAAAGAUGUAAUCUACGCAGUGCGUGACCCUUAUGGAAAUAGGCCACUGUGCAUUGGGCAGCUUGUUCCCAUCUCUAAACUGCACAGUCCAGCAGGCGCUCAAGAGGAAGACACUGAGGGGUGGGUUGUGUCAUCAGAGUCGUGCAGCUUCCAGUCGAUUGGUGCCAAGUACUACAGAGAGGUCUUGCCAGGAGAGAUAGUCCAGAUAUCCAGACAUGGUGUCAAAUCUCUGAGUGUUGUGCCCCGACCUGAGGGAGACCUCCCAGCCUUCUGCAUUUUUGAAUAUGUUUAUUUUGCCAGACCAGACUCUAUUUUCGAAGGGCAGAUGGUCUAUACUGUCAGACAGCGAUGUGGGCGGCAGUUGGCCAUCGAGUCUCCGACUGAUGCAGACGUUGUCAGCACUGUGCCAGAGUCUGCAACCCCUGCUGCUCUGGGCUACGCUGAGCAGUCUGGUCUUCCAUACAUUGAGGUUCUGUGUAAAAACCGCUAUGUUGGAAGAACUUUUAUCCAGCCAAACACCCGCUUGAGGCAGCUAGGAGUGGCCAAGAAGUUUGGAGCACUGACGGACAACUUUGCUGGGAAACGAGUGGUGCUCAUUGAUGACUCCAUCGUCAGAGGCAACACAAUUUCCCCUAUUAUUAAGCUGCUGAAGGAAGCGGGUGCCAAAGAGGUCCACAUCAGGGUGGCUUCUCCACCAAUCAGGUUCCCUUGCUACAUGGGCAUCAACAUCCCAACCAAGGAGGAGCUCAUUGCCAACAAGCCGGAGUUUCAGGACAUUGCUGGUUAUAUUGGUGCUGACAGUGUUAAAUAUCUGACUGUGGAGGGCCUCGUAUCUGCUGUCCAGGAGGGUAUUGCUUUCCAUAUUGAAAAGGACAAAAUUAAUUCCAAUAACAAGUCCAACAGGAAAGCGGGCCACUGCACUGCCUGUCUGACUGGGAAAUAUCCAGUGGAGCUGGAGUGGUAACUGCU